ACGUCUGUUUCGCCGGUCCCUCCUCCUCCUCCGUCAUGCUGCUUUGCUUUGCCCCCAUCCCCCUCCCAUCGGCUGCCAGCCGUCUAAACAGCUCCAGCUGCAAUCGCCGCCGCUGCUACGAGCUGCCGGCCAUUCGAUCACCCCCAUCCAGCACAAGCUCUGCCUCCGCCGGUCUGCAAGCUCACGGACCACCGCCGACACAUCCUCCAUCAUGACGGGCGUUGCGGCUGCCUCAUUCUUCUCCAACGUUUGCCGGUUCGGCGGUUGCGGGUUGCAUUUCGAGUCCCUGGGCGAGCUCAUCGUUCACAUCGAGGAUAACCACAUCGAUACAGACCCCAGAGUUCUGGAGAGGCAGGAACUGCAGCAGCCCACAUAUGUUGCUUUGAGCUACAUUAAUAGAUUCAUGACUGAGGCAGCACGAAGAGAGCAAGAAACUCAGAAGAAGAAAGUCCAACCUAAAAUUGCCAUAUCGGUCACCGGAGGCGUAUCACGUAACACUACUGCCACUCCUCCUCGCCAUAGCAACGGCAGCCUAACCCCACCCGUGACCCCGCCCAUCACUCCCUCAUCAUCCUUUCGCAGCAGUACGCCCACAGGCAGCGAGUGUGAUGAAGAGGAGGUGGAGUAUGAAGACUCUGACAGCGAUGAAUCCUGGACCACAGAAAGUGCCAUCAGCUCCGAAUCGAUCCUCAGCUCCAUGUGCAUGAACGGAGGUGAUGAGAAGCCCUUUGCGUGCCCCGUUCCAGGAUGCAAGAAGAGAUACAAGAAUGUGAACGGUAUAAAGUACCAUGCCAAAAAUGGGCACAGAACGCAGAUCCGCGUGAGGAAACCCUUCAAGUGUCGCUGUGGGAAAAGUUAUAAAACCUCUCAAGGCCUUAGACAUCACACCAUCAACUUCCACCCACCCCUGUGAUACACACACACACGGCCAUUUUUAACGUAACGUAAAUCAUGCGUAAACUGGGAUCAGACGCUGAUUUUUUCACAUUUUCCUUUUACUUUGCGUGCGACUUAUAUAUGCAUGUAGAUAUUCUUGUACAUUUGCACAUUCCAUGUAUUAUUUCUUAAGAUAUCCUUUAUUUGUUUGUUUUAUUUAAUUAAAUCGAAAGGACUCUACUAAAAAUUUGGUCAUAAAAUUUGUCAAUCAGUGAUGAAGAACAGAUAGAUUUUUAAAUAUUUCUUUGUUUUGUUUGUUUGUUAAACAUACUUAAAGGUAUGUUGAAACAGAUGUGUGUACAUACAAAAUGAUGGCCUAUAAAUACACAUUUAUAUAUAAAUAUAU